CGUCAAGGCGGCGCCCAGCUCCCUGCGAAGCCGCCGCUGCUUCUGCUGCAGAGAGAGAGAGGGGCUACGUAGUCUGCCACUGCGGGCUGGGGUUGCCCUCUCCUGCACUUGUAGCCGCAGCAGCAGCCGCCUAAGAGCGCUGGCUCUGCAGGCGGCAGCGCCCCUCCUCCCCCCCGCCCCGUAGCGCUCCAUGAAGGGCUCCCAUUAGCCCAGCUCUGCUAAGCUGUCCCCGAUUAGAUUUCACGCCGCUCUUGCAAAGGAGGGAUGGGGAGAGCAGGAGGAGAGGGAACGGCUGCCUCCGUGCCCUGCUUGAUAGCAGCAGCAGCAGCAGCAGCAGUAGGAGGCAACACCACCCCCCUGGGGGCAGCAGCAGGCAAGCCAAUGCGGCAGCCUCGCCAAUGAGGGGCCAGUGCGGCUGCAGGAGGAAGCUGCUGACCCGCUCGCCGCCUCCGCUUGCCUUGAAAGGUGCAGUCUAGGAAUCCCCCUCCCUCCCUCCUCCGUCCCCCCCUCCCUCCUCGCGUCCUCUCCCAGCCCCGGAAUCGCCCGCUGCUCCGCCUGAACCAUGGGAGCGCUAACCAGCAGGCAGAACGCCGGCGUGGAAGAGGUGGACAUCCCGUCUAAUUCCAUCUACAGAUAUCCUCCUAAAUCCGGAAGCUAUUUUGCCAGUCACUUCAUCAUGGGAGGUGAGAAGUUUGAUUCUACACAUCCUGAGGGCUACCUCUUUGGAGAGAACAGCGACCUCAACUUCCUUGGGAACAGACCUGUAGCGUUUCCAUAUGCUGCCCCACCACCCCAGGAGCCAGUGAAGACGCUGAGAAGCCUGAUCAACAUACGCAAGGACACAUUGCGCCUAGUCAAGUGCACAGAAGAAGUGAAGACUCCAGGUGAAGAAGUCAGCAAAGCAAAGGUCCAUUACAAUGUGGAGUUCACAUUUGACACAGAUGCGCGAGUGGCUAUAACAAUUUAUUAUCAGGCUACUGAAGAAUUCCAAAAUGGCGUUGUGAGUUAUAUCCCCAAAGACAACAGUUUACAGUCUGAGACUGUCCACUACAAGCGAGGAGUGUGCCAGCAGUUCUGCCUCCCUUCCCAUAAUGUUGAUCCUUCAGAGUGGACUGAAGAGGAGCUGGGCUUUGAUCUGGACCGUGAAGUGUAUCCCAUGGUGGUGCUUGCAGUCGUAGACGAGGGAGAGGAGCAUAUGGGUCACUGCCACGUUCUAUUGGCAACUUUUGAGAAGCAUGCUGAUGGCAGCUUUUGUGUCAAGCCCCUCAAACAAAAACAAGUGGUAGAUGGAGUGAGUUACCUGCUUCAGGAGAUCUAUGGAAUAGAAAACAAAUACAACACACAGGAUUCUAAAGUGGCUGAAGAUGAGGUGAGUGACAACAGUGCAGAGUGUGUAGUCUGCCUCUCAGAUGUCCGGGAUACUUUGAUCUUACCUUGCCGCCACCUUUGCCUGUGCAACACCUGUGCUGACACUCUGCGUUACCAAGCCAACAACUGCCCCAUCUGCAGGCUGCCAUUUCGGGCCUUGCUACAGAUCCGAGCCAUGAGAAAGAAACUUGGACCCCUUUCCCCCACCAGCUUCAACCCUAUCAUCUCCUCCCAGACCUCCGACUCAGAGGAGCACUCGUCUUCAGAGAACAUCCCUCCUGGCUAUGAGGUGGUCUCCCUCCUGGAAGCCCUUAAUGGGCCUCUCACUCCAUCCCCAGCAGCCCUUCCGCUCCACGUGCUUGGGGACAGCCACGUGUCGGGCAUGCUGCCUUCAUAUGGCAGUGACGGCCAUCUGCCUCCCAUCAGGACACUGUCUCCCCUUGACCGCUUGUCGGAUUGCGGCAGCCAAGGACUCAAGCUGAAGAAGAGCCUGUCCAAGUCAAUCUCCCAGAAUUCCUCAGUAUUACAUGAAGAAGAGGAUGAGAAGUCCUGCAGUGAAUCUGAAAUCAUGAUUUCCAGGAGGAAGUCUCCUCGUCAUCUUGAGGAAGAAUGUGGUGUGACACCUGAAAGUGAAAACCUCACGUUGUCCUCAUCAGGAGCAAUAGAUCAAUCUUCGUGUACAGGGACACCGCUCUCCUCUACCAUCUCUUCCCCAGAAGAUCCUGUUAGCAGCAGCCUGGCACAGUCAGUCAUGUCCAUGGCCUCCUCUCAAAGCCAGCACUCUGAGAUCAGCACUGACACCAUAUCUUCCAUGUCCGGCUCCUAUGUAGCUCCUGGCACUGAGGAAGAGGGGGACAUGCGCCCAUCCCCUGCUGUUGCUAGUGGGAUACCUUCAGAAGGAGAUUCAACCCCUGUUGAGUCUCCAGAUGGGAACUUUGUCAGUAUCUCAGCAGAGGAGCGAGAUGCAGAGGGAAAUGAUGUCAUGGAGGAAGAGGAUGGCUCCCCUACACAGGAAGAUGGCCAAAGGACAGGCGCAUUCCUAGGUAUGGAGUGUGACAAUAACAAUGACAUUGGCAACGCAAGCGUGAAAGCACUGGACAAUAAGCUGUGCUCUGAGGUCUGCUUACCUGCUGCAGUUCCGGAGUCCUGCCCCAUAAGCAUUGAGGAAUAGGUACACAGAUAUCAGAGGACAAUACUCUGAGUCACAACCAUAUCCUGAGAUACAACUGAUGAUUUGCCCAAAGCAUCAACCUGGAACACGAUGGAGAUACACAAUGCAUGCUGGGACCUUUGUAUCCUUGAUGAUGUCACAUUGUAUGGAGGGAAGAACUGCCUCACUGAACAUGUUUUUCCUAAAACACUACGAAGGAAAGAGCAGCAAAGUCAUGGUCAUUAACAUUGUCAAAUACUACUUUUUUAAAAAAAUCCCUCUGUAACUGAACAUCCUUAAUGAUGGAUCCAAAUUCUAUAUGUUUUCUGUGUUAAACAAAAUUCACAGUAGGACAAGUGAAUGACUUGAGUUGGAUUUAAUGGUUGCUGCACCAUACACAUUUAUGCUUUUUCUCCUCCUACCAUUCUGUUAACACAGGCAGCCCAUCUCUCUUCUCUACUGAUCUGUCUUUAUGGUGUAACCGAAGCUUUCCUUAGUGAUUGCUAUAACAGCAAUCUCCCCCUCCUAGUUAGGACUUACUGCUGCUUCACCCAAUUACAAUUUUUACACUUUUAAACUGAAUCUGUAAGAAUGUAAGGUACGCGGUAAACAAAUCUUGUCUUGCAAAUCCUGCAUUGUCCAUGCUGCACAGUGGAAAGAAAGUGUGUGUUCAGCAGCUUAUAAUGUGUGCAGCAGCCCUGAUAGCUGAAGAAAUGAGAUCAUCUCUUUCACUGCCCAUCCCUUCCCCACUCUGCUCCAGCCUUUUCAAAGUUGCCCAAGUAGAGCUGGCUGAUGGUAGCGUCUGUUCUGUAAGACCGGGGUUCUUCUGUAACAAGGAGCAUAGUGGUGUGCUCCAUGUUGCUAACCUGUUCUUCAUACAAAGGAUAUACUCUUAAUAUAGAGCAGCUACAUUAGUACAUCUUUUAUCUUGGAUUGGGGAAAGGGACACUAGGCACAUAGCCAGCCAGCAAACAGAAGAUGAUUAAAGGGAUUCUUUAGGUGUGAAAACUCACAUAAACAGAUAACAUGUCUGAGUUCUACUGGCUUUGGAUUCAGUCAAAAGUGAAAGAAUGUUUGCCAUGUGUGGUAAAAGUUGGCUCUAGUUGAGAAAAGUCAAUGCAAAAAUCAGCACAAAGCAGGUUACAGGAGGAUUAUUGAGUGAUACACAUGCACAAUUGUGAGAUGUGUCUUUGUUUUGUUUAAAAAUGGCCAAUUUGUCUCAUGUACCUUAUGCAUGAUGUUACUUACAGGGCAAGCUCUGCCUAUAUGAUGAAAGUCCCUAAAGCACAACCACUGGAUAUGUUUUGGUUCACUCAUGUUAUGUUGGUUUCCCUGGAGAUGAAUGCAUGGAAGUCAUUCUGAAAUAGUGGUUCCCAGCUAUUUUGCCAAGCAGUUCCUCCCAGCAGUAAUAUAUAUAUAUAUAUAUUUACUUUGGUUGGGGCUGCCUGUUGAAUCUUAACACCCAUCAUCUCAUUUGCUGCAUUGUCCCCUGACACAGGGGACCUCUGGCAGUCUUGGUGUGAACUACCAUCUGCUUUGAACCCACUGUUUGAGAAUGUCUGCACUAAACUCGAGGUGAGCUUUACCAUUCUUGAAAUAACAAUUCAGCGGCUAGUAGGCACAGGCUAGAGCAGAGAGGCAGUCAGCAGGAACCAUACAUAAAAUGCACAUGAGCAAUUGCACCAGUUAGUGAAAGGGGAAUGGCAAACCUCUUGGUCCUCUAAAGUUAAGUUGUGUUAGCUAGGACUGUCUGUAGCCUUCUGUCAUUGUCCUACACUUCCAGUACUAUAGCUGAGCAGAGCAAUAAUAUAUCUCCAUGCAACUAAGUGCUAAUUCAGAGAGGAUAAAUCAUUGGAAGGAUCGCAUAAUGUGGGUGGGGGAGAGCUUACUCUAGGCUUGAAUCCUUUCUUCUAUCCAGUCCUUAAUCAGAUAAUUGGUGGGGCAUGAUAUUUGAAACCAGCUCCUGCAAGGUAAGUCUCAGCUGGGAGUGCAAAGUGUUUUGGCACUGGUUCUCUGAAUCCUCUAAAUCUAAAAAAGAGGUUUGGUGACACCUUGCUUUGCUCAGCAUUAACUGGCAUCCAUCUUCAAGAGAGAAAACUCAAAUCCUCUCAGGUCUUCCUACAGCACCUUAUUUGACGGAGCUAAACAAAACUGAUUGUAUGCAUUGCUAAAAGGACUGAAAGUGGUUUGGAAGUCUCGUCACUUCCCAUAUGUAUGUGCAUUGAUUUUGUCUCGCUGUCCCCUCUGCUCAAACAGGUUCUGCAGAAUGUGUUGGUGUCAUUUUUCCCCCACAAGCCAGUUUGUGGGAGACAAAGAUGGGAUUAGUACAUACGCAUAAUCAGUAUUUCUCUUUCUAACCACCUUCAUAGCUAAAAGAACUGUCACCUGGCUUGAGCCUUAAUAAUAAUAAUUUUAAUUAUUGUGGCAAACAAAAACUACAGAGAAGACUUUAGCUUACCUGGCUGAUCAUCUCACUGAGGGGUAUUCAGCAUGCAGUCUCUGGAAAUGUUUAUGAUCUUGUAGUCCUUGUAGGGUUCUGUGGUGGUGGUGAGCACAAUGGUGACUUAUGCCAUCAGAGCUUUCAGGUUCUCUUAGCCCACUUGCUUUGAAUAAGACUAUUGACAGUGCAUUUUCUCAAAUUUAUCUCUACAUUUUAAAUACAUGGAGCCAGUAGUUUGCCGUCGUCCAUGUAGAACAUUGUAUGAAGAAAGACAAGGGAUAGGGAGAAAUGUUGACAAGAAUGACAGGAUUGACCUGUUGUUCAUGUAUGUAUGUGAUUCCACCUGUGUAUGUUUUACUCUGUACUCCCAAAUACCCUUCUGAAAUGAGAUAGUUCUAUAUGUUCCAGGAAUGGCUUGAAAGUAAUGUAGGGUGGACCAUUUGGGGCUCUUCCCAAGGAAUAAGGAAGUGUUUCCAAGCAAGACAGUACAAAAUGUAUGUGUCCUCUUUUGCACUUGGUUUUCCCAUCCUUUAGCAUAGCAGAAGGCAAAGACCAAGUUUCAUGCAGCCCAGGGCUCCUUUUGACAUUAACAGAAAUUGCCAAUGGAAACCGAUGCCCAUCUAGAAUGCUUCCUUGUAUAGCAGGCCAUUGGAGUAGGGAGGCAGCUGGAGCCCCACUCAGGACUGCAGACAGACUCUGUUCUUAUGGGCAUUUGCCCCACAUGAAGGGUAUGGAACCCUCUAGACACACUCAUGUACACCUCAAUGGCAAUGAUGCAAUAUGUAUUUAUGACUGCAUGACUCUUGAAAGAGUGAAUAAAACUGUUUACAA